GGCGUGGCCGAGCAGCGGGUGGCUUUGGGGUUCCGUGUGGAAAGGAGUGUUCGGGGGUUCGGGUGCAAAGUUUAGUUUCAAACCGUCUGCAAAGAGCGGCGGUGGUGAGCUUUCCACGCCAGAUAGAGGAGGCGCCGCCGCCAGCACAGAGAAGAAGGAAGAAGCAGCAGCAGCAAAAGGAGCAACGACGACAACCAGAAGCUGUGCCGGACGCGGGCAAGACGCAGUUGAACAGCCGCCUCGGGCUUCGCUGGCUGCGGUACCUCCGCUCGCUGGGGCUGCUCGGUGGUAGUUAGGUGUUGUUUCCUUGGCGCCUCGUCCGCCUCCCUCCUCUUCCUCCCGGGUCUCCUUCGGUGGCGGCAGGGCUGAACUAGCGAAGAGGCCAGAAGGUCGGUCCCGGUCAGCAGGAUGGGCGCGGAGGCUCCGGGCGAUCGCCCGGCUCCAGCUCGCCGGCGGCACGGCUGCCGUCGGGUGCGGCUGAUGUGCAUGCUGGCGCUGACCUUCCUCUUCUUCGUGGUGGAGGUAGUGGUGAGCCGCGUGACGGCCUCGCUGGCCAUGCUCUCGGACUCCUUCCACAUGCUGUCGGACGUGAUGGCCCUGGUGGUGGCCCUGGUGGCCGUGCGCUUCGCGCAGCGCACCCGCGCCACCAAGAAGAACACCUUCGGCUGGGUGCGGGCCGAGGUAAUGGGCGCCCUGGUCAACGCCGUCUUCCUGACCGCCCUCUGCUUCACCAUCCUGUUGGAGGCCAUCGAGCGCUUCACCGAGCCCAACGAGAUCCAGCAGCCCUGGGUGGUCAUCGGCGUCGGAGCCGCUGGGCUCCUUGUCAACGUCUUGGGGCUCUGCCUCUUCCACCAGCACGGCGGGGGCGGCGGCCACGGCCACUCGCACGGCGGCAGUGGAGGAGGCAGCAACCGCCGGCGGGGCGCCUCCCGGGGCAAAACGGAGCGCCCCCCCGGCGACCUACAUAAAGAGGAGGAGACCAAUACCCUGGUGGACAAUUUCAGCAGCUCCAAUGGAGUCAGCUUGGAGAAGCUAGGUGAUGUGGUGAAAGAGAACCAAAUGGAACUACAGCCAAAUGGAAAUGUUAGUAGUGACUCCUCUCUAGACAUGGACAUUGAGGAAGAUACUAGCGCUCAACUCAACAUGCGUGGAGUAUUUCUUCACGUCCUUGGAGAUGCCUUGGGUUCAGUUAUUGUUGUGGUGAAUGCUUUAGUAUUUUACUCUUAUUGGAGUCCAUGCCCUAAGGAUGGGCCUUGUAUUAACCCAUGUAUCAAUGACCAUUGUGCAGAAAACAUUACUCUGAUUUUUGGCAGAAUGAAUGCAACUGAAUUAGAAAAAAUUCCUGUAGCUGGUCCCUGCUGGGUUCUAUAUUUAGAUCCUGCGUUGUGUCUGAUAAUGGUUUGCAUUCUGCUCUAUACAACUUACCCACUGCUUAAAGAAUCUGCUCUCAUCCUUUUACAAACUGUUCCCAAACAAAUUGAUAUUCGUUCUUUAAACGAGAAACUCCGCAAACUGGAAGACGUUGAAGCUGUCCAUGAAUUGCAUGUCUGGCAGUUGGCAGGAAGCAGGAUAAUUGGCACUGCUCAUAUAAAAUGUAAGGACCCAGAAUCAUACAUGAAAGUGGCAAAGGAUAUUAAAGAGAUCUUUCAUGAUGAAGGAAUACAUGCAACAACUAUACAGCCUGAAUUUACUAUUGUGGGGUCUGAUGGGGCUGUAAGCAAAUGUGAACUUCCCUGCAGAAGCCAAUGCGCUCUGAAGCAGUGUUGUGGGACUGUGGAAAAGACUGCUGCAAAGAAGACAGAAAAAUCCCCUUCAGUUUCUAUUUCUUUCUCCGAAAUAGUCAUUGACUCUCCACAUCACAAAACCAGGAGGACUAAAUCAGAGGGUAUACCUGCUGUAAAGCUUGAGGCAGAACCUGACCCUAACAAGCAAUUUGAAUCGUCUUUGUAAUUCCCAAAGUUGUGCUGAGUAAAGUCUGGAUUCAACCACAGGUUGAUUGUGAGAAGAAAGACUAGCGUUAAAGAGACAAGUUGCAAAGUAGUGUAAUUGUUGAAGUCCCUGUUCUUGUCACAAUACUUAAAAACUAGGCUGCCUGUUUGAAAGGAUAUAAUUGUGCUGUCCCAGCACAAUAUAUGCUUAUGUUAACUUUUCAUUGAAUAGCACAGAAAUGUUUUACCAAUGCUGCAAUGUCUGGAGAAUCAGUUUCAACAAUUCUACAGAGAUGCAUUAUUUUUUUGGUUUAAAACUGAAGUCUCCAACAAUCCAUCUCUCCCUGAAAUUUGGAAAUGAGUAUGUGUUAGAGCAAUUCAAGAAGAAGCCUUUCUACUUUGUGUGUGUGUGUGUCUUUUAAUAUUUUACAAACCACAAAAAGGAAACCAAAGUUGACAGGACUAUUUUUUAGACUACUUGAGGAAUUUUUGACUUUCCCUUAUUACAUGAAAAAGUAAAUCGUAUUUCAAGUAAGUAGAUUCCAUAGCAUUAGUAUUAGUGUCUUAAAACACCUUGUUACAAAAAAUCCCCUUUUGUAUUGGGCCUGUGGCAUAAUGAAAACUGACUACUUUGCAAAUACAAAUUGUAAAAGUUAAAGGCAUAUCUACAUUACUGUAAACUUAACUUUUCAGACAUAAACUGACAUAUCCUUUUAGGGGCUUCAAAUUUGGUUUUCCCCCAGUUCCAUAUUUUAUUUUUUAAAACAAUCUUUAUUGUAUAGGUUUUAAAAUUUAUUAGAAGACCUUUCAAGUAAAGUUAUGCUGGGACUCAAGAGGUACAGCUGAUCUCUGUCUUAGCAGUGUCAUCUAUGGCUUAUUGAAAUGUAAGGGCUAAUAUUGGCUAGAUUACAUCUAGUUUUACGUUAAAAGAUAAUUUUUAGUUUUUAAAAAAUUACCUGACAUUUAAAUUUAACAGAGUUCACCAAUGUGUAUUGCUUAAACAUUUAAUAUAUUUCCGUUUAAAGUAUUCAUACGUCAUGAUGAGCCAUUUUGCCCAUGCAAUAAAUAAAUGUGAAGCUGAAACUGCAAGAGGCAGCUGCCUCUUGAAGCAACUGUUGCAACAUACUAAGCUGCUUCAGAUGUCAUAAUAAAUCAGACUCCCCAACUUGGUGCCUUCCAGAUAUUUUGAACUAUAACUCCCCUCAGCCCCAGUCACAAUGACCAAUGGCCAGGAUGGUGGGAGUUGUAGUUCAAAGCCAUCAAGAGGGCAUUAGGGUGGAGAAGGGUGCAGUGCGUUAUGAUUUAUCAUAGGACAAGGGGACCUUUGGCCCUCCAGAUGUUGCUGGACUACAGUUCCCAUCAUCUCUAACUAUUUGCUGUGCAGGCUGAGGAUAAUGGAGUUGGAGGCAAUCAACAUCUGGAGGGCCACAGGUUCCUCAGACUUGGUUUAUUGUGAUAGGAGCUAGCUGCAAUGAGCCUUGAGAUUAUGUACUCCCCCUCCUCAGGUGCAGCUGUGGAGAGAUCAGAAGCUUUCACAUCUAUUUUUGAUUAACUGUAGCUGUUUCUUCCAAUCAAACUCAAUAAAUUGUGGUUACUAUUAAAUACCAUUUGUUUGAAGCAAGCUAACUUCAAAUCAUAGGUUAUGAAGUGGUCUUGUUUCAACAAACCAUAGUUUAAAUGGUUAGCAUUUGGACAUAAUGCUGAACAAAGCUUAACUGCAGUUAGUAAAAAAAACAAACCAGAAGCAAAAGCUUCUGAUCUUGCAGCUGUGCUAAGGGGAGGCAGGACCCUGAGGCUUGUUCCUGUCAUAGGAAACAAUGGCUUUUUGUGACAUCUGAACUGGUCCACUAGUCAAUUCUCUUACCUAAAACACUUUUCAUGUAGUGAAGGCAUGUGCUGGACCAGAAUUCUAGCCCAGUUCAAUCUUUUCUCUUGUUGAAGACCUAAUAAUAUAACCUGUUCAAUAAAUGAAAUUGCUGCACAAAUUGGUGGAUAACAGUUAAACCUUUUAAAAUAAGCCAUCUCGGUUCUAUAAAAGUUAGACUAUUCUGGUGUUGAAUGCAAGGAUGGUAGCUAAUGUCUAGAUCACACAGCUGGUCUUUGUUUUCACCUCACUUUUCUGAUCAGUUAAACAGAGCUAACUCUUAAAUCCACAUUAGCAUUAAUGCUAAUUAAUUCUAUAGCAUUUUGAGAGCCCUUACAGGAAGUCUUUACAGGUUUGUGCAUUUUCUGUGUAUAGCUUAGUUAUUUCAACAGUGGUCUUUUGUACAAUCACUACAAAACCAGGAACUAGAAAAAGAAAGAACAGGUUUUUUUAUUAUUUGUGUCUGCCUUGUAUAUUGCUACUUUACCUUGGGGAUUGGGGAUACUCUGCAUUGUUCAAAUGCAGGCUGUUUUAUGAUAAAACAGCAAUUUAGGUUUGUCCACCAUCUUAAAAAUAAAAAAGUUACUAACUUGCUUUCUUUGCAAUUCUGUCUAAGAAUGGCAAGUGAGCAGUGCCUCUCCUGCCCAUGGCUCAGUAGUGUUGCAGUCAAACCUUAUUUUUCCAGAACAGAAUUAUUCCACGGUUAACAAGCUACAAAGUGUUAGAAUGCUGUACAUGUAAAAUGAUCAAGUACAUCUAGCUAUGCCUUCUGUCCUCUUGUUAUAAAGACCACCUGUCAGUUAAAACUUCCAGUUUGUCCUUACAUUAUUGCAAGCAUGUAAAAACUGCUGUACAAUUCUCAUGGAACUGUAUUUUAAUCUGAAAGUUUCAACUGCUUUUCUCUUGUAUUGACAUGGCUAGAUCGCUAUAGCUGUUUCACAGGGAAUGGACAGGCAUGUAUUGAUGGACAGACAGAAAAGCUACAAUAAUACUAUACAUUCUGGGUCUUGAAGCCAAGGUUUCCUGUCUUUUAGUGCUAAAAGUAUGAGCUUGCUUGCUCGCUUUAAAAAAAAAAAGUGGGGGGAGGUGCUGUCAUCUGCAUAGUAAACAUUCUAAUUCAAGACAGUCUCACUUCAAACCUCAUCUGUGCUCCGAUGGGCCAAUUUUUUGAUCUGGGUUAAUAUACUUUGCAAUAUGGUAAUAGCUUUUUUAAAAAAUGCUGCUUCUCUCUAAAGCACAAACUUUGACUCUCAUAUUGAGUUUGCACUGCAGUGGUAAGAGAGAAAAGCAGUUAAUUGUGUACCAGAUGCAGUCCUGAUUAUUAUUAUUAUGCAAUAGUUUGGCUUUUACAGCAUAAUAUGUUGUAUUCAUCGUUGCUUUUGCAAGUGAGGUUUCAAAAAUGCCAGCUAGCUUAGGUACAUUUGGAAUAAAACUGAACACCUUAUAUACCUCCAAUUACAGGAGGCAUUUUGUACUUGAUCAUUUGUGAAAACGUUGAAGCCAGUUUUGCAGACUCCUGUAUAAAGGUAAUCAUAAUUUUUUCCUUAAUGCCAGUGGUGUUGGCUGUUUCAAUUAUAUCAAAAAGUAAUUAACAUACUGUGUGCUCAGGAUAUGCAUUUGGGGUGAACUCCAGUAAUGGACGUUAAGUGGCUGUGUGACUUUAUUUCACUGCAGUUUUGCAGCAAAAACCUGUACCUUAGCUUUCUGAGAUAUUGCCAUGAACACGGUGCAAAACAAACAUGUAUAGCCACUUCACCACACAUUACAGGUUUCACUGUGAAAACACACUGUUGUAUAGACUGGUAAUACAUGAAGCUGCUCCAAGAGAUCUUAAAUGAUUGAAUGCUUAAGGACUGUUUGUUGCAUCACUAAGUGUUUAUAGAACCAGCCUGUAAAAUGAAGAAAUAACAAAGCAAAACUUGAGUGUUUAAAAGUGGCACCAAAAGUUCUGGAAAGUGUUUCAAACCCACUUAUAGUGCUGGAAGUAGUGCUGAAGAUGUCUUCAGCAUAUUAUAAAAUCUGCUUUUCCCUUGCUCUUAGCCGCUGAGCAUCUGUAACUCUUGCUGUAUGCAAAUGAAGUUGCAGUUUGGAGCUGCAGUCUGACAGCAGCACAAGCAUUGACACCACUGAGUUAAUUGGAAACUCUUUUGAAUAGAAUGCACUUUCUGACUUUUCUCAUUGAUUGGCUGUGGGAGGGGGAGUACUUUAACACUGCAUCCUCUGCUUUUUAAGUUUGUUGUGAAAGGAGUAUUAUGUAUUUAAGGGUAUUAAGUACGAUAUUUAAAUAUGCUGCUUUAAUUUCAUAAUAGCAUCAAUGUAGCCUUCUGAGACUCUGGGUUAUGUUUACAGAACAGUUAUUGAAUAUUACAAUAAAUAUUUUAUUUUGGCUCUA